GCGUGAUGCAAACUUCGCAGCUGCAGCCUCUAGCUGGAAGUUAAAAUGGCGUCUGUUGUAAUCCGUCAGUGAUCGCUCUGAUAGCUGGACUCAGCAGCCUGUAACUGGUUACCAGCGUUUCUCUGUCAAACGUUUAGAGGAUAGCUAGCAAGAUGUCGGACUCGGAGGAGGACAGUCAGGACAAGCAGCUCAAAAUUGUCGUGGUUGGAGACGGAGCGUGUGGGAAGACAUCACUCGCCACCAGAUUUGCUCAGGAGGCUUUUGGGAAGCAGUACAAACAAACCAUCGGCCUGGAUUUCUUUCUGAAGAGAAUAAGCCUUCCAGGCAACUUGAAUGUAACUCUGCAAGUGUGGGAUAUUGGAGGCCAAACAUUAGGGGGGAAGAUGUUGGAUAAAUAUGUCUACGGAGCUCAUGGCGUUCUCCUUGUUUAUGACAUAACAAACUACCAGAGCUUUGAGAAUCUAGAGGACUGGUUCAACAUGGUCAAAAAGGCCAAUGAAGAUUCUGACAUUCAGCCUGCUGUCUUCUUGGUAGGCAACAAAAUCGACCUGGAGCACAUGAGGACCGUAAAGGCAGACAAACACCAGCGCUUCUGCCAGGAGAAUGGCCUCAUCAGUCAGUUUGUGUCAGCCAAGACAGGAGAUUCGGUGUAUCUUGGUUUCCAGAGAGUGGCUGCUGAAAUUCUUGGUAUAAAGCUAAAUAAAGCAGAAAUAGAACAGUCCCAGAGGAUUGUGAAAGCUGAGCUGGUGGACUACCCGCAGGAUGGAGGGCCAAUUACACAAGAAAACACUCAGCAAAGCAAAAUAUGUUCAGUUCAAUAGCUGGAACGUGUCGUGAAGGCGGACAUUGUCAACUACAGUCAGGACACCGUGGCCAGGACAGUCAACCACCCUCGCAGCUCCAUGUGUGUGGUGCAGUGAUCUCCUCCAACACAAACACACACACACACACACACACACACACACACACACACACACACACACACACACACACACACACACACACACACACACACACACACACACACACACACACACACACACACACACACACACAGACGUUAAGUUGUCUUCAGUCAGUAUUAGUCUGUUUGGAGUUUCUGGUCGAUGGAUGAAAGGUGUUGGGAGCGUGGUCUCUGUGUUCCUGCGUGCCGGUUGUAAGGGAGGAUGGAAAACAGACUGCGUGGCUCCGAGGCCUUGGCGUGUAGUUCGGAUAUUCAGCAGGAGCAAGUUCUUGGGUGGUUCACUAAGAAGGAAAAUGGGUCCUAAGCUUUUUUCAAGUUUACAUGCAGCUAUCGUUUUAUUUCUUUGACACUCUCAAAGCUUCUACCGGGUUUCUACUUUACUGUGAGACCGGUCCUUUUAAGGAGGAGCAUAGCCCCUGAAAUUAGUCACUGGUGCUGUAAAACAUUAGAUUUUCUUCUGCCAUCACUGUUAGUUUCAGUGAAUUUUUUCAAGACAGCAUUAAUGCCUCUAAUGAAUGUUUUUAAAUAAAAAAAAUAUGCUACAUCUUUGGGUAAAAAUGUGAAGCUGAAACCAAAUGUUCGUUCUGUUCUUCUGUAAUUCUCUCAUAUCUUUUACUCAUUAGCUAGACCAAAAGAAGUUACUAACUGAAAUUGAAUCUCAUCUUCCUAUUUCCCAAUUAACGUGUUAACAAUGAUAUACAAAUGAAUAUUUCCUGUUUAGUUCUUCAAAAUACAUACAGACAUAGUCUAUGCUGUUCAGGUGGUAGAUCUGCGAAUGAGGUGUUUCUCUUAGAAAUGAAAAUGUAUUUUAGUGAUUCAACUUUCACAUUCCCAAGGAAAAGUCUGAUGCUUUUAGGAUAAAGCUAAAGGAAUUAGCAUUCAAGUCAGUGGAUGUAAAUGUUUUAUUGGCUUACUCUCCAUAGCCUUAUGUAACUGUCCGUUGUAGAACAGAGGUUGGUAACAGAGUGGCUAUGAUGCGCUAAAGCUAAUGUGUCGUUUACUUCCAACAUAGGGUGUUUCUCAAUGUCAAGGAACCGUGCCUUGGUGUCUUGGCCCCGCCCCAGUUGCCUAGGAGAUACGUCACCAGGACCCGCCAAGACGUGUUCCAAUCGGUUCCAGUGUUCAUGUUCUACCAAGGCGUGUGUUCUCCGUUUGUUAGCCGUUUAGCUAGCUGAGCAAGGACACACGGGAGGUGUCUUGUAGCCUAGCCUUGGUCAAAAAUUACCCACAAUACACAGCGGUAUUUUCAAAAAGACAGAGGAUCAGGAGCCGGCAGCUACUUCGGGGACAAUUUUCAAGUUUAAAAGUAAGUCAGCUAAUUUAAAAUGUUUUUUUUUAGAUCCAAAGAAGUUAUCUAUUAUUGGUUAGUUGCUAAUUAGUUGCAGCUUUGGUGGCUAGCGGUUAGUAACUCGUUUAUAUUUUUAAUUUAAUAAACAAAUACACAAUUUUAAAAGUAAAAGGCUCGUUAUAUAUUUAUAUUGAAACUAAUACAUACAAAAUGUAACAUUAUCUCCCAUGUCACGACGUUGCGUGACCGCCGUGGUCACGUGAUGCAAGUCUGUUCCAUUUAACCGUUUUCUUUGACCAAGGAAGGCCAGUGUCCUCGUAAGCAAGGCGCCUGGCCUCACAAGACAUCGCCUCGCAAGGCCAGGUGACUUGGCAUUGAGAAACACCCAUAGUAUCAGUUUCAUCUGUACGGCUUUAACGUGGUUAAACAUGUUGUCAUGAUUUACUGUGUCCAUCAAUCAAAUAUGCUUUUUGUGUAAAUUAUAUAUUGGUACAGUAAAAGCAACUAUGCUCAAGUUUAAACCCUCUGCCACUGGUUAAAAAUUUCUGAAAAUAUUUUGUAAAUUAUGAUUGUGUAAAUGUUGUUUAAACUCUGAGUAUAUAUAUACAUGGUAUGGCAAAGCGACAAUGAUUUGUCUGUAAAUAAAAAAAAUGCAACAUGGAA